UCGUCGCUAUUCCCCCUCCCGCUUCUUCACUCCAAUAUCUCCAACCUCCACCAGUUCCUCCAUCGCCACAACCAGCCGAGACAUCAGCGGCGUCAUCCCAAGAUGCUGCCCCAAAGAGCCUCGUCAAUUGCUCCAAUAACAUCCGGUUCACCAGCGCAAGGCGCAGCAGUCCGCCGUCGACAGAGACGGCGUGCCGCGGACGGCGGCAGUUCCCGUUCAUGCCCACACUGCGGACGAACCUUUAAGCGAACCGAGCACUUGGAGCGACACCCCUUCAUCUGUAUCUGCGGCGCGGCUUUUACCCGCCGCGACCUCCUCACCCGCCAUCAGCGGAUUACUCUGCACGAGGGCGAGGCAGCUGGGAACGAUGGCGAUGACCAGGCUGAAGCUACGAGUUCUCCGGACGGCAGCGGCACAAAGGGAUCUAGAGAUGUGGGGCCUGUGUCUGACUUGGGACCGGACAUGGAUCCCGCUCAUGCGGAUCUGGCGGCUGCCAUAUCGCUGUCCGGAUUGAGCGUCGAGGGCUGGCCGCAACCGAUGCAGGUCCAAGUGCAGCCCCAACAGGCGCCAUUGUACACUCUUCCAGGCCAGCAUCCGCAACCACCAGCCAAUGGGUUCGUGACAUCGGGCCCUGGCUUUGCACAGAAUGGAUUCCUGCCAUCUCAUUAUAUGGCCGCAGAUGGUGGUGGCCUCGGUGUAGAUGUUCAGUUCCGCGACUUUGCCCACUUCUUGGACGGGAUGGGGCUACGUGCAGAAUGGAGCCCGUACUUGCACACGGGUGGUUCUGGAGCGGACGGAGACGGUGAGCAUGUAGAUGACGACAUGGAUGCCGAGUCUUGUCAGUCUCCCGAUGAUGGACAUGCCACUGUCAUGACUGGCCAGGUGCCAGCCAGGCCCGAUCCCAGAGCGGGAGCAAGGACGCCGUUUGCCACGUGGCUCCCGUCUGCACCUACUGCCAGUCGGAUGACUGCAACACUGCAGGAGCUUGCUCCUCGUCCCCUUAACGCCGAUGCUCACCCGCUCCGGGUGACCGAAGAGCAACGGACACACCUUUUGACUUCGCUAGAGGAUCUUCGCUCCGUCCUCCCAGACACGUCAUUCCGCAUCCCGUCUCGACAUGCUCUGACACGAUACGUGACUUCAUUCUUCGAAGGGUUUCACAGCCACAUGCCCUUCAUCCACCUACCCACAUGGCGCAUCCUAGACCACCCCCUGGAGCUGAUACUCAGCAUCACUGCGGUAGGAGCUCAGUACUGCUUUGAGCACCGGGUAGCCGAGCGGUUGUUUUUUGCUGGCAAGGCAAUAGCCCUGCACAGGUUGCAGCUGCGGCGCGGGAGUGGUUCUCACUGGACCAGCGGGGGGAAGGAGGGCAAAGAUGAUGAGGAUGACAGGACCGAGAUGGUCAGGGCUCUGGUCACGCUCAUGGGAUUCGCGACCUGGGAGCCCAAGGUGUCGCUGGUGCGAGAGGCGUUCGCACUGCAGACCGUUCUUGCCCAGCUCCUACGGGAAAGCGGCAUCAGCCACGACCCAGUACAAGAUGUAUCCAACACUACUGCUACCAACAGCCCCGACGGUGUUGAUGAUGGUGAGGACGAGGACAAGGCGUGGCGGGAAUGGGUCAGGCAAGAAUCCGCUCGACGUAGCAAGCUGAUAUCCUUUUCUUUCCUACACACGCACAGCAUCGCCUACGACGUCUACCCGGUUCUUCGCAGCAACGAGGUCGGACUGCGUCUACCCUGCAGCACGCCCGAGUGGAAGGCCCCGACGGCGGCAGCGUGGUGCCGAGCAAGGGCCGAGGUCGUCAAGGAGCAGCUCUUCUUCCAAGAAGCGCUCGGCCAGCUCCUCCGUCACAGCAGCACCAACACCAACUCCAGCAACGGAGGCUCCAGCUCGGGGGCGAGCACGCCACCGCAACCGCUCGACCCGAUUCCGACCCCGCUGGGAAACUACCUCCUCCUGCACGGCCUGCUGCAGCGCAUCCACAUCCUCCGCGACCUCUCCCUCCCCACCCUUUCCUCCUCGCCGUCUUCCCCCCUGCCGCCGGACGAGGUCGACAAGCUGGAGCGGGCCCUGCGAGCCUGGACCUCCGGCUGGCAACAGGCGCCCGAGUCGUCGCUGGACCCGAACAACGACAACGGGCCGAUACCCUUCACGUCCUCGGCGCUGGUCGGGCUGGCCUAUGCCCGUCUCCACUGCCACCUGGGGCCGCACAGACGGCUCGACAGCCGCGACCCGGCCGUCGUGGCGGGGGCGCUGAUGCGCUCGCCUGGGGUCGGUCGGGGCGACGGCGGCGUCAUCUCGGCGCUGCUGUACGCGGCGCACAUGCUGGGGAUCCCCGUACGGCUCGGCGUCGACCGCGUUGCCCGCAGCCAGGCCUUCUUCUGGAGCGUGCGGCACAGCCUUGCCGGGCUGGAGUGCGCCGUCCUGCUGUCGAAGUGGCUAAGGAGCGUCGGGGAGGACCUCAAGGGCGGCGGAGGCGGGGCCGUGCUGACAGAUAGCGAGGAGAGGAUCGUGCGUUGGGUGGGCACGAUUGUCGAGGAGGCGUAUGCGGUUGUGGAUUUCGACGACGGCGGCGGCGGCGGCGGGAUCGAUCACGACGGCGUAAGAGUAGGGGCAGCUCUGAAGGACCCUGCCCAGCUGGGACUGGACGUCUUGCGGAUCUGGGCACAUCUCUUCCGGAAGAAUGCGCAGUGGAAGUUUAUAAACUUUAUAGGACAGAGCUUGGAGAAGUAUAGGGAGCUGCUUACACGAAGUGGUGAUCCUGCUGGGUUGAGUUUGCCUACUUGA